GAUGAAGAUCUCCACAGCUGCCCUCCUCUUCCUCAUCCUUGCUGCUCACCUUGGACCCCCUGCCCAGGCAUCUCUGAAGAAUCGAUCUCCGGAUCGUGGUGAGUCACUGAGCCUUCACACUGACGGCCAGUUCGGUGUGCACCGCCCAGGUGACUGCUGCUUGUCCUACACCACACGAAAUAUCCGAUGCACAUUCAUGAAGGAUUAUUAUCUAACAACCAGUGGGUGCUCCCAGCCUGGUGUCAUCUUCAAAACCAGGAGGGGUCAGAAGGUCUGUUUCCACCCCAGUGCUAAUGGAGUUCAGGAAUGCUUGAAGAAGUUGGCCAAUACCAGAAAACAGUUGGUUGAGGAGAAUGAAUACUAGAUGCAACUCAC